UCAGUGGAGAACAUCCAGCAUCUGUCCCGGGGAGCUCAUGCAAGCAUGUCGUUUGAGAACCUCAUCACAUCAUUGCAAGACUGUGUGAUCGCUGAUCACCAAGACCCUGAACAUGUCAGACAAACCCUCACGCGGUUUUAUGAUAAACUAUCUGAAUCUUCCAGGAGUGGUGUGAAGAGAUGUAAAGAGCGCUGUUUGGACGAGGCCGUCCAGCUGUUGAGACAAAUACCGGAGCUGCAGCUGCGCGGUUUGGGGGACACUUAUUUAUUGCUCCUUGUCAGACUGCUUCUUUCACUGCAAUUAAAAAUGGCCAGCCUCUCCACACCCUGUCGGAAAGUGGAUCAGAUGCUGCAACAUCUGGCAAAGGUGGACCACCAGUUGGUUUUUAGAGAAACCCUCAAUAGUUUGCACUCCAUAGUCCACAGUGAUCAGAUUCUGUCUCUAGAGGACUUGCAGAGAGCAUCUAUGUUCCUGGAAGACAGCGUUGCUGGUCGUGAUGUGUGCUGCGAAUCAUGUGUGUCCAUGCUGACUAAAGUCUCUGAGUUAUUCCCUGUUGUAUUGCAAAAUGAGUCUCUGAGAGAUGGACAGCUGUGCUACGUUGCAGUCAAGGUAUGUCUGCAAAUAUUCCAGCUGUUGUCCAGUGAAGUUGCUCCUCUUGUGUGGAAAGAAGACCAGAGGAGCUCACCUGUGCAGAAGAUCCUGCAGGCACUACUGGGCAUAAUUCUCGGACAGUGCUGCAACAGGGACACUCGGCUGUUGGCAGGCACUGCUGUGGCCAUGCUGAUCAACACGGCAUCAGACAGCCGGGCUGGAGGAGCUGCUGCCUGGAGUCUGCUGCAAGUCAUUCACCGAGAGCCCUGGCUGCUGACUGUCGGUGUCCUGCAGGUUGAGUGCAGCCCCACAGGGAAAGAUGGAGUGGACCAGCUGGCGAUUAGCAGAGGACUCCUGACCUGCUGUCGCCCUCACAUCUUACUCUGUUCACGCGACGAUUCCACUAAAAGAAGUCUCCUGCUGGACGGUUUGUUUCCUGUGGUUUACGAGUUGAGUGAGCAGAAGCUGGAUUGUCACUACUUUGCCUUUGAAGUGUUAACACUUUGGUUGAAGAGAGUGAAGGACUGUCUGGGGGAUCUCUGGAAGAUGACAGACGCCCGCUUUCUGCCUGACAACAGCAGCCUGCUGAAGCAGCUCAAUCACGUCAUCUGGACCAAUGCAGAAAGCCCAGUGGAAGGCGUGCCUGAAUUUGCGAGCAGCGCCUUUGUUCUGCUGCUGAACCUCUAUGACAUGGACUGUAAGCAGUUUUGCGAUGCUGAGAGGACGUUUCAUUCCACCCUGCUUCAAAGAAUCAUGAAGCUGCCUUGGGAGGCGAAAGCCAAAUAUCAUCACCUUUGUGCUCUGCUACCAUAUCUUGGUGUUGACUUGGUGAUGGAUCAAUAUGGUGCAAUACGUUGUCAUAUCCUCAAGUGCCUAUCGACCAAUCGCCUGUCACCUUGUGGAUCAGAGCUUUACAAACGUAUGAUCCAGCAGCAGAGGCGAGAGCUUUGCAGCGGCCCGCGAAAGACUGGCUCAGUCACGGAGCUGGAUCUGGCGGCGCGCUGGGCCAAUCACUGGCAACGUGUCAUUUACGACGCUCUCACAUCCGACGUGACUCUGCUACAGAGCAACAGUGCAACACACUUAUUGCCCUGCACCUUUCAGGUCUUCCCCUCUGCCGUGGAGUAUCUACUGGCCUCUCUAGACCCUCAUGCCCCCGGCCACCUCCACGCGUGGGCCUGUAUCUUGAGCUCUUACCGAGCCGUUACCGGUCGCUCUCCCUGGUCUCUCCAGGGCGGCUCCACCUUCCAGACGCUGCAGCUGGCUCUAGGGGCAGCAGAUGACAAAAUCCGUCUCGCCGCUCUCAAUCUGCUCUGCUGCAGCCCCAAGACUAAAGAGAGCCCUACCAUGGAGGAGAUAACAAUCAUGAAGAAGUUAAUUCCUCAGAACCUUAACUCCGAGUCGUCACCGUUUCGCCAGCAUUUUCAGGCAGGAGUGAAGAGGUUUGUGGCCCGUAUCAGAGAUAGCUGCUUGGCACUUAUGAGAGCACCAAAGGGCAAAAAGAAAGAGGAUGCCGCCAUCGUGGAGACGAUGCAGGACAUGCUGAAGCAAGGGAUUGGCUUUGUGGAUUGGUUAGGUGAGCUUCCAUACAGCUACCUGGCACCAGGACACAGUUAUCAGAGGAAGAAGACUGCAUUGCUGCUGCUGUCUGCAGUGCUGGAGACCUGCACAGACACCUGGAGGCCAGACAAGAAAAAGGGACAACCCCCAGCAAAUAUGGGGACUCUGAUUAACAGAGCCAGACAGAGAGGACAGUGGGAUUUCUUCAGCAGGACCAAACAGCUGGUCCUGAUCAGCUGUUUAGAAGAUUCCACAAAUGAGAUUCGGGAACUUUCUGCUGGGUUGUUGUUGAGGUUUUUCCCGCCCAGUUUCCCAAAUGAUAUCACUGAAGUGCUGAACAUGAGAAGCAAGCAGCUUGUGUGCAGCCCGCGGGUGCAGGAGGCUCAGAUGGGAGCACUUAUGAUGAAAGUCCUGCUUCUGAAAUCAGGAGAUGAAUGUGAGAAUAACAGGCUUGACAGCAACUUAACUGUCAGCAGUGGAAGAAAUAUGAAAACCUCCUGCUUGGUCAGAGUCCUGGUGAAGGAGCUGGAGCAGCACUACCAGACGGCCAAAGUAAAUAUGAUGCUUGCGGCCCGAACCAAGCCUAUCCAUGGCGUGCUGAGUGCCCUCCAGAGCUGUCUGCUUGAGGCACCGGACGGUGUCUGUGUCACACUCGACCGCAGUGUGACUGCUGAGGUGUUGGGCCUUCUGGAGAACAUCUCUCUGCUGCUGCUCGGUGUCCUGCAGGGAGACUGCGAUGCUUCUGCAGCUGAAAAGGACACUCUACCUUCCUUUUGUGAUAUGGGAAAUGCUAUCAACUCCUUGAUAUCCCAAGAAUGUGGCGAUGGCCAGGUAGAUGGAGAGGAGUGUGUCCUGCUGUCUGAAGAGCACAGUCUUGUUCUCACCUGCUGCUGGGUCUCCCUCAAGGAAAUAGGAAUUUUUUUAGGUUCUUUGGUGGAAAAAAUUCUCACAGAAGCCAAACAACCGAGCGAGUGCCUUUUAACCAAACAGGAUCUAAUGAGAGCAUCAAAAGUGUUUAAGAAUAUUCUUCUAAAGUGCCGUCACUGGGGGGCAGUAGAGGGCUGCUCCUUCGGCUUCACAAAGUUCUGCGCCUCCUUGCUGAGCAGCAGUGAUCCCGAGAUUAAUAAUAUUCCAGCCCAAAUGCUGAAACUAGGACUGCAGGUUGUGCAGUGCCCUCGUUCCACAUCUGUGACCCGGCGGGCCGCAGGGCUGCCUAUGUUGAUCCUGUGUGUCGUGUCAGCGGAGGAGGCCAGUAAAGCGAGGCCGCUGUUGGCCCUCUGCGUGCAAACCUUACUAGAAACAGCCAAAACCCCACUGAACGAGAACUGGGACCAAACACUGGAUCUGCCCCAGGUGUGUGCGGUACACACACUGCAGGCCCUGGUGCGUGGCGCAGGUUUGGGAGUAGCCGUCCUUCAGUUUGCACCUGCAGUAGCCAUGUUGUCGCUCACUCUGAUCAGUUCUCCCUGCUGGGCCAUGAGGAAUGCCGCUCUGCAGCUUUACAGCUCUCUCUGUUCGCGGAUCCUUGGCCAGCGGUCCAGCAGUGAAGAGGCCGGCCCAACCCAGCACAGCAUGUCCCCCCCUGCCUUCUUCUUUCAUUAUCCUGCUCUCCAACCAUUUCUUCUUGGUGAGCUCAGAGGAGCUUCACAAGAUCUCCAGCAUCCAUCCAAUAAGGCCAAGUUGCACCUCCAGCCCUCUCUCUACCCAAUUCUGACUCUGUUGGCCCAACUCCAGCCUGGUGUCCAAGAUUCAACAGAAACUUUGUCGGACUUCCUGCCUCCCUUGCUCCAGCUGUCUGCCAGUCCUAUUUACAGUGUGAGGGUGAUGGCUUCUAAAGCUCUGGUUGCCAUGACUUCCCCCUCAGAGUACAUGAACAUCCUCAUCAGCCUGACUGCUCAGGUACCCGGUCCUCAGGAGAACUGCUGCCACAAUCACCUCCAUGGACAGCUGCUGCAGAUCAAGGCCAUUCUGGAAAGAGCUCUCUGCACAGACAGUGCCCCUUCAGAUGAGCUGUGUCAGGUGCUUACCAGGAUGUACGCCUCACAGUGGCUGGCGACUGAAACCCAGCGCUGCCCGCUGGUGAGAGCCGCAUACCUCGCUGUGGUUCACUCUCUAAGAAGACACUGUUCUGAGGACUUCCUGUCACAGCUCAGUGAUGCACUCAUCCACAACCUCCAGAACCCUCAGCAGGGCCUUCAGGUUGGGUUGUCAGCCUUCCAUCAACAAGCCAUCCAUUUCCUAUGUGCAGAUCUAAAGUGGACGUGUAAAAUCUGGGAGAUGUUCUCUGCAACCAGCCUUGAUAUCAGGCUCUCCAUGGUUACGUGGGUGCAGGAUGGGCGGGCACUGAAGCAGACUGUUUUGAAAGAAGUGAUCCAGAAGGUGUUGCAUUCUAACUUACAGAAAGCUUUAUUGAGCCACAGUGUGGAGUACCGCACCACCUACCUCGCUGCCCUGGUAGUAGUGAUGACAGAUGGGGACUCUGUUUUACCGCACUCGACACCACUAGCGGAACCUUUUCUGCCCGAGUGUCUGGAUUUGUUGCUUACGAAUCUGGAGGACCAGAGAGGCGGACCAGAGUUCCUGUCCCAGGCUCUGCGUGCUGCCAGUCUGCUGCUUUCUCGCUUGUCUGACUCCAGUGCCAAGAUGUCAAUGCUCCAGCGCUGCUGUGGCAUUUUGGAACGUCAGCGAGCCCCAGACACCCCUGAAGUGCUCAGGAUGGCUUGUGGCGAAGCUCUUUGUGUUGCCAUAGUUCCACUUCUGAGCAGCCUGAGUGACUCCAACACUCUCCCAGCCAUCAUGAUCAGGUUGAUCAGUACCGGCCUUUACUUGCUGCAGGACCAAAGCCAACAGGUGAGACAGAAAGCUGCCUGUUUUGCUUCUUUGCUCCAUCUCACAAGAGGAGGAGGACAGAACCAGAGGAGCAUCUACUUAAUGCAGGUCAACCAGGCGCUGCCGUUCCUGCUGGACCUGCUGCUGGAGGAAUGCUGGGAUACUCCUGGCACACUGGAGGUGCUGCUGUCUCACCUGCCUCAGACUGACCUCAGAUCUGUGCUGAAAGAAGCCUCUGCAGCAGGAGGGUGCUCCAGCUUGUAUGAGCAGGAUGAAGCCAAUGUGUUUGCAGAGCCCUCUGUCAUGUCUGCACAUGUGCUGCCUUACCUGCUGCAGAUGGCAGAGAAAUCCUCUCAGUCCUCCUCUGUGGCGCAGAGCCUUAACCGCUGGGCAGAGGAGAGCGCUGCUCAGGUGUUGGAUAAUCUUGCAGCCUGCAAACAGCUCCAUCCAGGUGAGACACUGACUCCCUCUUGGCUGGCUCUUCUUAUGGACCCCCAUUUGCACAGCACCCUGUGCGGCCUGUUCACCAGGGCUGUAUUCCUCCUCCGCCUGCUGAAAAGCUCAGAUGUCAUUAAACACCUUUGUGAUCUUUCAUCCAUGCACAUGAGUUUACAGGAAAUUUGUGGGCUGCUCUGUCAGAACGGCAUCUUCUUCCCCUCUGCUUUAACUUCUGCCGUGGCUGGAGAGCUUCCACUGUGACGGAGCACAGGGGUCAUUUUUGAACACUAGAGCGGACCCUUUUCACCAAUGUGAACCCGGAUGAAAUCACAUCUUUUAUGAAUGCACAAGACAUGCACAUAAACAGUCCUAGUCUUAAAUGAGUAUUGCAUUUGCUGAUGUGGCAGUACACCGGCACUCAGGAGAAAUGGAAACGUUUGGGAGGUGCUGUCAUUUGUAAUGAGAAUUUUAAACAGUGUUAGAAUAAAAUGUUAUUAUCCGGUCACCGAAGAGUAGACAGAGCAUAGUUCUCCUUGUUCCUAUUGUUCUCUGCUCUGCAACUGCAGCGAGUCGGACUGAUGCAGUGAUGUAAUGCAACAGCAUCUGGGGAAAUGGCAGGCUCUGUACCAGCAGGGGAAUAUGGUGUGUGGUUUAAUGCUCCAUUAGGGGCAUUCUGCCUGGACAAGUAUCCAUUUUCCUACCACACGUGGACUGCUGAUGAGUGAGUGGAUCUGAUGGAGAGCCGGUGGUUGCCCCGCAACGGCUGCACUAGAGCAGAUUUACAUCAUCAGAUUGCUGUGGUUUGAGAUGGAUAGCUCUCAGGAUAAGACAAACAUGGACUUGGCUGCGUUAGGUUUCUUAUACACUGUGUGUUUUUAACAGAGAUGAUUCACUUCUAAAUGUACAUCAGGAUAUCAGUGUAAAAUAAGAGUUUCGUUUUUUUAAAUUUUUGUAAUGUUUUCGUUAACUCUGCAUUUUGUAAGCAUGAACUGUUGAACUAUUGUGCAUUGAGUUAUAUGGCAGCUAAUACACAAAGUUAGUUAUAGUGGGUCAAACAUAAAUCUCAUGCAUUUAUUUUUUUUUAUGACUCAAAUUCAACACCCAAAGUUAAGAGAGCAUUGACAUGAACAUACCUCAGAGGACCCAAAAGGGGCACAAAACAGACUAAAAUGGAAGUGGAACCUGUGAGGCACAACCUUUUCUGAUUAAUCUUAAUUCAUCUUAUCAAAAGUUCAUCAAAUGUGUUAAUUAUCCCUAACUUGAUGAUACCUAACAUAGGCAUUCACAUAAAAGCAAAGUUUGUAGAUUCAAGAGUAAUUCAAGGCAAAGCCUCACAGCGCAAACUCUAACUUUAAGGAAAUGGUAUCAAACCCAUCCUAUGUGAGAUUUUCACAACUUUUCAGUGAUUUUUUUUUUAUCAUAUGGCAUGGUAAUUAUAUUUUGUAAUUAACUGUGUGUAAACAAUAUAAUUAUAUUUUUUCUUAUUCUUGAAAACAAA